UAAUCAAGGACGGCCACACUGAACGAAUGACGCGUUUACACGUCAAAGAAAAAAAUAAAAGCCAUACUAAAAGGUAACUGCUUACGAUAAUAUAAUGGGUUUAACUAUAUCUAGCUUGCUAACACGUCUGUUUGGAAAAAAACAAAUGCGCAUUCUUAUGGUUGGUUUGGAUGCAGCUGGAAAGACAACCAUACUCUACAAACUUAAACUUGGAGAAAUUGUGACAACUAUUCCAACUAUUGGCUUUAACGUCGAAACUGUAGAGUACAAAAAUAUAUGUUUUACAGUUUGGGAUGUUGGUGGUCAAGAUAAAAUUCGUCCUUUAUGGCGCCACUACUUUCAAAAUACCCAGGGUUUGAUUUUUGUAGUAGACUCCAAUGACCGAGAUCGAAUUAAUGAAGCUGAAAAAGAAUUACAAAACAUGCUUCAAGAAGAUGAGCUACGAGACGCCGUGCUUUUAGUGUUUGCCAACAAACAAGACUUGCCAAAUGCGAUGAGCGCUGCCGAACUUACAGAUAAGUUGCAUCUAAACCAAUUAAGGAACCGUCAUUGGUUUAUUCAAGCUACUUGCGCCACUCAGGGUCACGGACUUUACGAAGGACUUGAUUGGCUUUCAGCAGAAUUGGCUAAAAAAUAAAAGUCUAAAAUAUAUGAAAAAUUUUUAAACUGUACCAUAGACGUUCGUAUUGUUCUCUGAUGAUAACUAUACAGUAGAAUAUAAAUAAACUUGUAUAUGAUUUAAAAA